AACAUAAAAAGGAAAUAAUAUGAUGGGAAAAGGUAGAGAAAUCAUGAGAAAUCAUAUUGUUCCCUUCUGUAAAUGUCUUAUCUUUUUCACCACCCAAUUUUUUUAAUAAUCCCAAGCAACAACCACUUUAUUUCACAUCACCUUAUAAAUUAGUUACCAACCUUGUCCUCAAAGUCUCAACCAAAACACAUCAAAACUUGUAGUCUUCCACAUUUUUAAGAAACCAAAGUAAGCUGAGAGUGAGAGAAAUGACUUCAUCAAAAGCUUGCCUCUUCUUCCUCUUAUCUUCUCUAAUCAUCACAAACUUCGUCUUAGCACAAGACCGAGCUCCUCACGGUUUGGCUUACGAGACUCCAGUGGCAUUUUCACCUUCAGCAUUUGACUUCUUUCACGCUCAACCAGAAAACCCUGAUGAUGCCACUUUUGACCCUUGCGCGGAAUCCGGCUGCUCGCCUCUUCCCGUGGCAGCUGCAAAGGUCCAAGGAGCUUCUGCUAAAGCACAAGAAAGCGAGAUAGCUUCAAUGUCGGUUGGUUCUAGAAGCAGAAUGGGAGCUAGUGGUAUGGUAGGGAUCAUCUUUGGACUCGCGUUCGCCGUGAUGAUGUGAAACCAUGAUAGGGAAUAUAUAGCUAGACUUUGAGUUGUAAUGUGUGCUUUUUUGCUUCCCUUUAACUAGAAAGCUUGUAUCUAAAUUUCCAUCUGCAGUGGUUAAUAGCAGAGUAUUUAUUUUUAUUGUUUAAAGUGUGUAAUUCUAGAGUUUAUGUUAUAGAUUUUGAAACCGCUUGAUUACAUCUA